AUAUACAACUAGUACAAGUUAUCGAGUUACUACUGAUAAGUCCGCUUUCCCCUUCUGCCACGCGCCAACGUUGCCUGUCGCGGUGGUCCUGAUUUUUCCGUUAUGGCGGCCGGCGCGGCCUUUUUUGACAGUAGAGGUGGUAAUUAUGGUGUAAAGCUAUUUAAAAUGCCAUUUGUUUUUCAUUCAUCAACACAAGUUUGAUUUUUCUCAUACUUAACAUUAAUUAUUACCCAGUAAGCAUUGAUGGAAACCAAUGAGACCCAACGGGUGAGGAAAUAUGAGCUACUCAAAUUUUCCUUUUUAUGGCAAUUGGAACUUACUAAUAUUAGGAAGCAAGUGUGCCCCGACUUGGAAUUGCAGUUAGGUGGCAUGAAGAUGAUGGACUCUAUGGUAAACUACUUCAUGAAAAAGCUUAUUGCAGAAGCAACAAAGCAUGUUGAUUCAAAUUGUUUGGAUGUAAGGGAGAUUAUGGCCGCAGUUUAUCAAGUCUUUCCUGAAGAAUUGGCCAAAAAUGCUCACCAACGUGGUUUAGAAGCUGUUAAUCAAACAUUACCAAAGAGAGAAGGGAGAGGUAAUGGGUGAUGAAGAGGUCGUUGGAAUCUUGGGAGUCAAGACAAAUGUAAGAUAAACGCAUGUAUAUAUGCUAGUUGACUUGGAUUUGACUUGAGUUAUUAGAUAAAUUAUGUGGUGAUGAUGUUGUAUCUUGGUGUGUUUAUUGAGAUUUGCUUUUUGUUUGAGUAAUAAUGUCAUCUAUUUUUAUUUUUUUAAUAAGAGUAGCAUAUUCGUUUAUUGUUUGA